AUAAGUUCAUUCAGCUUUCUGAAUCAGAAAAGUGAUCAAAAAGAUCACGAUGAUGACGAUGAUGGAGAGAUCAACUUCUUCACUCACUACCAACUCAUCAUCAGUACUAGUGGCCAUGGACGACCCAACUGAGAUAAGCAUAUUCGAUGCCCAGAAGUACUUCAACGACCUCAACCUUCUCCAACCUCACAAAUCUACCUCCGUCGUCAAUGGCGGCGGCGGCGGCGGCGUCAGCGGAGGAGGAAACCGAGUUUCUCCUCUCGACAACGUUCUCCUCGUCGAAGCUUCCAGAUUCUCCUCAGCCUCUUCCUCCAUCGAUAGCUACUCCAGUAGUAAUAAUAAUAAUAGUAAUACGCACCGAAACUCAUACAUGAAGAACCGCUCUUUCCGGUCAGCCGCCACCCCCACCGCCUCCUCCGAAGCCAGCUGGAAUAGUCAGACCGGUCUUCUCUCGGCUCCUCCUGGCUCCGUGGCUGUUUCUCUACGAAACCCUGCUCUUUCUUCUUCUGCUGAUAAAAGGGCAACUACGACGACGGCGGUAGCAGCUGCAACGACGCCGUUUUCGGGUGUCAGGUGGCUUAAUCUGAGGAGGAAGUGCCCUUGUUCGUGCAAGAAAUCGGUUCAGGUGAAGGAGAAAUCGGUUCGGACGAUAUCGGAAAGCCAUUUUCCGAUACCACAAAUAGUGUUACCACCGUCGUCUUCAGUGCAUGGCCAUGUGGUCAGAGGUGGUUCUGGUUCUGGUUCUGGUUCUACUAAUGGUAGUAUCAAGUCAACAAUGGCGGAGAUUAGAUCUGGUACGAUUGGUAACACUAGCAGUUUUGAAGAGACUUGGGGCAAUGCUCAUCAUCAUCAUCAAAGUCGACGAAACUCAUCACGAAACUCUCGCGGUAGUGAUACGAUAACGAGGUCUCUCUCGCCGUCUUCCGCCAGGGAAAUGAGCAGGAAUAGUAGUACUAAUGAUCAUGUUAAUAAUGGUGGUGAUGAUGAUGAUGAUGAUGAUCCUCUAAAGUUGAAGGUCUUGCAUGGAAGAUCAUCAACCGGCGGGUUUACGUUCCCUAUUCUGAACUCAUCGUCUUCUUCGUCUCCGAUAAUCAAAAUGACUCUGCUUAAAGACCCAGUUUCAAUGGCGUCGAGUGGUAUUAAUCCCAUUCCUGAAGAUCCAGCUCGGGACUCACUCGAGAUUUUCAGUCCACCAUCGCACAGUAAUCGAAAAACUCAUCGUUCUCAUCAUCAGCUUCAGAUUCAGCCAACUAAUAAUUUCACGUUCCAGACAACAAGUCCCACAUCGAGAGCGAGAACCAACAACACCACAGUUAUAAACAACACAACCGACGUAGACGACGGAGCAAGCGACGCCAGCUCAGACCUUUUCGAAAUCGAAAGCUUUUCGACUCAAACGACAGCAACAACAACAACAACAACGACAUCCACAGCGACAACCGCAGCCCACCCUUCGAUGUUCCUCUACCACCGCCAACGACGGGACACCCUCGAAGAAGCGGCGGGGCUACGGAGGUUCGCUCCGAACUCCACCGUCAUGGCCGGAUUAUACCACCGCCGGACAAGUCUAGAGGAUGCAGCACCGGGAGCCGAUUAUGGCUACGAGCCAAGCGAGGCCAGCAUAGAUUGGAGCGUGACCACGGCGGAGGGGUUCGACAGAGCGAACGCGUCCGAGGCGGACUACGGCGAAUACUUGUCGCCGGUGCCGCCGCAUGCGGCGGAGACGGAGAAGAAUAGGAGGAAAUCUUCUGGCAAUGGGUUGCUGAUGAGCUGUAGGUGUGAGAAGGCGGUUAGCGUGGGACCGGGCCCGCGGCCGAUGUCGAGACCGGGGCCGGGUGGUGGUGGCGGAGGAGAGCAUGGAAGGGCCAUGUGGGCGGUGGGCCACAAAGGUUGAUGAAAAUGGGGACUCACACAGCUCGGCUGUGUGUUUGCUUUUGGCAACAGUUGGACUUGGAGUUAGGCUCUUUUUGUGGACAUUUCACAAACAUGUAGUGUGCAUGGCUGCAUGGCCACCAAAGGCCCCUAUCCAUUCCAUUAAACCACUCUCUCUCUCUCUCUUUCUCUCUCAUCGUAUUCUUGUUUUAUUCAAAUUUUAUUUAUUUUAACUCUUUUAUAUUUGUUUAUAUAAUAAGUAGUAGACAUUAUUUUCCAUGGUGGUCAUGUUAUGUGUUUUGUUUUGUUUUUUUUAUGUUAGAGUUUGUGCUUUUAAUGUUUUUGUUGGGUUUGUGGAAUAUUUGUGUCUGUUAUGUAUUAAUAUUUAAUUUU